AUGGGCGGUGCUCUGCCUGCCACAAAGGCCAAGAAGGCCAAGAAGGCUAAGAAGGCCACCAAGGCCACCAAGGCCACCAAGGCCACCAAAGCCAAAAAGGCCACCAAGGCCACCAAGGCCAAGAAGGCCACCAAGGCCAAGAAGGCCACCAAGGCCAAGAAGGCCAAGAAGGCCAAGAAGGCCAAGAAGGCCACCAAGGCCACCAAGGCCAAGAAGGCCACCAAGGCCAAGAAGGCCACCAAAGCCAAAAAGGCCACCAAGGCCAAGAAGGACACCAAGGCCAAGAAGGCCACCAAGGCCAAGAAGGCCACCAAGGCCAAGAAGGCCACCAAGGCCACCAAGGCCAAGAAGGCCACCAAGGCCAAGAAUGCCACCAAGGCCAAGAAGGCCACCAAGGCCAAGAAGGCCACCAAGGCCAAGAAGGCCACCAAGGCCACCAAGGCCAAGAAGGCCAAGAAGGCCAAGAAGGCCAAGAAGGCCAAGAAGGCCACCAAGGCCAAGAAGGCCACCAAGGCCAAGAAGGCCACCAAGGCCAAGAAGGCCAAGAAGGCCACCAAGGCCACCAAGGCCAAGAAAAGACGUCCUCCACCCUGA